AAGUUUGAUGAAAUUUUAUAUUUUAUGACUCUCAAUACGAUUAUUUCUUAUCAUUUUAAAAAUAUUUCGUAACUAAUAUAUACCAGUAGAAAAAACACAACACUCUGAAUAUUUCAGGCUUCUAAACCAUAUUAUAUUUCAAGUAAUAUUCAACAAGAGAAAGAUCGUUUGAGCGAAUUCACAAAAUAUUCAGAAAUUUACAUCAAUUUAUUUGUAUAUACAUAACUAAUUUGACAAUUUUUGGAUCACAAAUAUUUUGCUUAAUAACAAUGAAUACAAUUAUUAUUCUUGGGAAUAUUAUAACAAUUUUAUUAAUUGGAAAAUUAGAAUCAACAAGAAUAUCACCUUCUGAACGACUUCACGAGCUUGAGACCAUUAAUACCGUAAAAAACAAGGUGAUUGAAGAAUAUCUUCCCAAUUAUGAUCCACGUGAAGCAUUUGAAUUUUUAAGUCAAUACACAAUAAGGAAUGAAGUGGAAAUGUAUGGAUUUGCUGAACAUUUAAAUAAAACUGGAAAUCCACCAGAAUGGAGCAAAACUAGAAAAUUGAAAAAUUAUCAAUCUUACAAUUUUCUGAGAUACCAUUUUCCUCUGGAAGCAUAUGAAUUAGAUGAACAUCAAGCAGAAAUGCGUGUUAAUUAUCUGAGAAGAAGGUUUUUUCCGAAUGCGCCUAUACUGAAUUCCCAACUACUAAUUAAAUCUUACUACGAGAGAAAAGUGGAUGAUUUAAUGUUAUUUGAAGAUUAUUAUGCUAUUAUGAUUUUAAUGAAAAGUGUUUCGGUACUUGACGUCGAUGAUCCUGCAAAUUGGAGAAUAAGAAGAGCUUUAUACACUUUGGCUAUUCGAAAUUACAAUCCAAAUUCAAUUUUAAAUUAUGAUUCGAAAUCUUGUUAUUUUAAAAUGAUGAAAACAAGUAGUUUCGUUGAGUCCAUAAAGUUUGGAGAUAUUUUCGAAACGGCAACUUUCAUUAUUUGUAGCAGCAAAUAUAAAGAAUCAUACUCAUAUAAUAAUGAAAAAUUUUAUUUUAACUUCACUUUAUUUUCGGUGAAUCACGAGAUGGUAAUUACGGAUUCUCUUCUAGCGGUAAGUUUGAAAGACAUUGUUGAAUUUGAUGAUGAAGAAAUUUACGUAAUACUACCUAAGGUACACUUUAAGCUAUUAAGUAAUCUAGGAUUUAUUAUCAACAAUGGUAAAACAAAUUUUUAUGUUAAAAUGUCAACUUUCCCUAUUGAUGACAGUGCCAACUGGCUAACUAAAUUAGCAAACGAAGUUGAAAAAUACAAAGAGAUGGAAAAAGAAUAUUUUAACACUCAUCCCGAGAGUCAUAAAUGAGAAAAUUGAUAUAAAAUGAAUCAUUAAAAAAUUUAUGAGAAUUGUUUCUAUAAUUUACAUUUGUAUUUUCUAGGAAAAUUAUUUUGUAGCAAAUUUAUUUUGUAAAUGUAU